UUAUAAAACAUAUAAAAUGAUCACGAUGCAUGAUCAUGCUUUCAUGCUUUUUAAUAUUUGUUUAUAACCAUGAAUUCAAAUCAACAGCAACCAGAUUUAGAUGAUGAGUUUAUAAGAGAAGAAGAUUUAGAAGAAGUAAUUGAUUUGGAUGACCAACCAACUGACGAUAUUGAAGAAGACAAUGAAGAAAUUGAUGUUGAUGUUGAUGAUAGCAUUUAUUCAUUCCAAUCACAUGAACAAUCCGUUUUCUGUUGUCAUUUGAGUCAUGAUAAUCGAUUAGCCAUCACUGGUGGACAAGAUGAUAAAGCCAUAAUCUGGGAUAUAACCGAAAACGGAUUAAUCCGAUUCGAUACUGGUGGUCAUCACAAAGAUUCGGUAGUCUUUGCUAAGUUUAAUCUCAAUUCAACAAUGGUAGCCACAGGUGACAUGAGUGGCGUCAUCAUCGUAUGGAACGUAGAGGAUGGCAAAAAAAUAAGUGAAUAUGAAGUUGGCAAUGAUCUUAACUGGUUAUUAUGGCAUAACAUUAUCGAUAAUGUUCUGUUGGCUGGCUCACAUGAAACUUGGAUGUGGAGAUUAUCGACGAAUAAACCUCAAUGCAGAACGUUACAAUCAUUUGGUUGUGCUAAUCUAGUUGCCGAGCUUUUUCGUGAUGGACGACGCCUGGCUAUGGGCUAUGAAGAUGGAUCCAUAAGAGUUUGGAACCUCGAACAAAAUCAAAUAGCCUUUACGAUACAAGGACACCUGGCACAUCAGACUCCAGUAACAGCAUUGUCCCUAAAUUUAGACGACAGUCUUAUAGCUACCGGAUCAGCUAAUGGUGUCAUCAAAAUGAUUAACGUGAAAAGUCAAAAAGUGAUUCAUUCGUUCAAUUUAGAUAAAUUGAUGGAAGAUUCUAAUGACGAAAAACAAGAGAACUCGAUCGAAAGCCUUCAAUUUGGUGGACAAAAUUGUCUUGUCAUUGGAUCCUCCCAUAUAGAAAUUUGGCAUGUCCCAAGUCAAACCAAAAGAAAUCAAAUUCCUUUGUCAAGAGGUGUAUCAAAAUUAUCGGUAGAUUCGAAUAAUGUCAAUAUUGUAUAUGCCGGAUGUUUAGACGGUGUGUUUCGUGUUAUUGACAUUCGAACCGGAGAAAUAAUGAACGAAAAACGUGGCCAUCGUGAUCAGAUACUUGAUUUUGCUAUUUCGUCAAACGAAUUCAUGAAUUUGGUCAUGUUUUUUGCCCAUGUAAGCCAUUGCUAUCCGAAUGAUGAAUUUGCUGUAGCUUAUCCAUCGGAAUUAAUGCGGUUGCUACGAUUAUUUUCCACAUCAUUGAAUCCAGGCGUUCGUUUAUUUCUAGUAAAGGCGUUGAUUUUAAUGCGAAACAAAUCACAAUUGGCCUCCAACGAUCUUAUAUCUCUUCUUUUUGAAUUGCUAAAAUGUCCAGAUAAAAAGUUACGUUCAUUGAUAAAACAUCAUAUAAUGGUCACUGCUUUGCAAUUUUUUCUUGGCACUGACCAAGUCGAUCAAGAUGGUGAUAAUCAAAAAGAUAGCGAUGAUUCGGAUAGCGAUUCAGAAAAUUUACCAUCAGCACAAGAAAUUGCAAUGGCCAAUCGUGUAAAUAAAAAAACUAGAAAACGAAAACGUCUUUUAGAACGUAGCAAAGAAUUGCUUAAACGUUAUCGAAAAAAAUCACGUCCCGAAACGUUUGAUUUUUCUGCGAUACAUCUACUCAAUGAUCCACAAGGCAUGGCGGAAAAUCUGUUCAAGAUGCUUGAAUCAUUCAAUGAGCGUUUUGAAAUAAAAUUGUUGCUUAUUAAUCUUAUAUCUCGACUAGUUGGCAUCCAUGAAUUACAAUUGCUCAACUUUUACUCCUAUUUACAACGUUAUCUACAUCCUAAACAGCGAGAUGUGACGAAAUUAUUGCAAUACGUAGCACAAGCUUCUCAUGAACUUGUUCCACCCGAUUCGAUAGAGCCUUUAUUGAAAGUGAUUGCCAACAAUUUCGUUACCGAACGAAAUUCAUUUGAAGUAAUGGCCGUCGGUAUUAAUUCUAUUCGUGAAAUUUGCGCGCGAUGUCCAUUUGCUAUGAACGAAGAUCUAUUACAAGAUCUAGUGGAAUAUUCAUCAUUCAAAGAUAAAAAUGUAUCUAUGGCUUCUAAAUCCCUAAUACAAUUAUAUCGACAAGUAAAUCCUUUGUUGCUACGGCGAAAAGAUCGAGGACGUCCAACUCAAGCUAGUCGAGAAUCAGGCCCUCCGAUUCAAUAUGGCCAAUUGAAAGCCGUUGAUUUUGUUUCUGGAACAGAAGUUUUAGAUGAAAAUGAACCUGAUCUAUGUCCUGAACAAUUAGAGGAUAAUGUAAGUGACAGCGAUGGAAGUUGGGUAGACGUGUCUGAUGAUGAAAACGAAAUCGUUGAGGAAAAUCUCACCGAAAUUCAAAGUGAUGAGAAUAAAAAUAGUGAUGAACCGCAUCAAGAUCCAAAGGAAAAAGCCAGCCUAAUAUCUUCCAGUCGUAUAUUGACUCAAGAGGAAUUCCAAAAGGUCCGUUUGGCUCAAUUGUCCAAACAUUUGCAAAAAGCAAGAUCGAAAAAACAACCUCCGACAGCAUCAGCACAGGAUGCGAAUAAAUCCAGUAGUGCUGCUUUGCCAGAAAUUGUCCCAUUAAGCUCAAUCGAACGACUAUACAAACGUCAAAAAUCAGACAAACAAGCUCGACUUGAAUCAAUCGAAGCUGGUCGUGAAGAUCGUGGUAAAUAUGGUUCAAGAAAAGGUAAAAUGAAUGAUUUUGCUAGCAAAAAUAAAAGAGAAACUGGUAAAGGUAAAUCAUUCAUGAUGAUCAAACACAAACUACGCCAAAAACGUGGCCGACGAUCAUUUAAAGAAAAACAGAUUGCACUUAAAAAUUCUUUAUUGAAACGAUUCCAAUGAAUUUAUUAAUUAUAUGAUUAAAGUAUGAUUCAUUACAAGA